GUCCUAGCUGUCAAUUUCUCUUCUUCUUGUCCUUAAUCCGUGUCAUUCAACGCUGAAGACCUUUUACCAAUUGCUUCCCAGCGUGUGUGUUCGGCGCCAUGGCUUCAUUCCAGAAACUCCCGUUCUUUCUCCGCCAGUCCUCUCGGACUCUGGUUCGGUGCAGGAAACCCCUCAUUCAGCCCCCCGCACUACGCACUCUAGUGAUGAAGCACCCCAAGGACUUUGUCCCUCCUACAGAGGAGGACCUGCUAGAGCUUCGCGAGCGUGUACAGGAAUUCACACGGCGCGAAAUUCCCGAGGAAGUCGCCGCGCAAACCGACGCCCAAAAUGAGUUUCCGGCAGAGAUGUGGAAGAAGCUGGGUGAAGCUGGGUUCCUUGGUAUCACAGCCAAUGAAGAGUACGGUGGGCUAGGGAUGGGAUACCAGGCUCACUGCGUCGUCAUGGAGGAGAUCAGUCGCGCAUCUGGGAGUAUCGCCCUCUCCUACGCCGCACACUCCCAGCUCUGCGUCAACCAACUCUCCCUCAACGGAAGUCCCGAACAAAAAGAGCGAUUCCUGCCUGGCCUCCUAUCAGGUGAGAAGGUCGGCGCCCUAGCAAUGUCCGAACACUCUGCCGGAUCAGAUGUGGUCAGCAUGAAGACAACAGCCAAGGCCGUUGAUGGUGGAUUCCUACUGAACGGGACGAAGAUGUGGAUUACCAACGGCCCCGACGCAGACUUCAUCGUCGUCUACGCAAAGACCGAACCCGAGAAAGCCUCCAAGGGCAUCACAGCCUUUGUAGUAGAAAAGACAUUCAAGGGGUUCUCCUGCGCCCGCAAACUCGACAAGCUAGGCAUGCGCGGCUCCAACACCGGCGAGCUUGUCUUCGAAGAUGUCUUCGUACCGAAAGAGAAUGUCCUCGGAGAAGUUAACCGCGGCGUCAAGGUUCUAAUGGAGGGCUUGGACUUAGAGCGUCUUGUUCUUAGCGCUGGACCGUUGGGUAUCAUGCAAGCUGCUCUCGACCUCGUCCUCCCCUACACCCAUGUCCGCAAGCAAUUCGGUAUGCCCAUCGCCCACAACCAGCUGAUCCAGGGUAAGCUGGCAGACAUGUACACCAAGCUCGCCGCAUCCCGUGCCUACACGUACGCCACGGCCCGACAGAUUGAUAAUUCGGCUGCGGAGGGAUCUGGGGCUUUGAUCAGGACGCAGGAUUGUGCCGGCGCGAUCCUCUAUGCAGCGGAACGGGCGACGGAGUGUGCGCUGGAUGCGAUCCAGCUGAUGGGUGGAAAUGGGUACAUCAAUGAGAUCCCUGCGGGACGGUUACUACGCGAUGCGAAGCUGUAUGAGAUUGGGGCUGGGACGAGUGAGAUUAGACGUAUGGUGAUUGGGCGUGCGUUUAACCGGGAAUUUGCAUAGAAUCCGUGCUACAUACUAUGCCAGCAAGACCUACCUGAUCUAUCUGAUUGACCGGUUACGGAUUAGAUACCAAGGAUGUAACAAGUUGUAUGUUCGUGUUCUCAUGUACUCAUUUCUAUACACAGUGAAAUCAAUUACUUCUUGUUUCUG